CCCAAGGCAAAUCAAGCUCGCCACCCCAGCAAAGGGGACGGCCAUCCGUCCCCGGACCAGGCGCCGGCCCAUCACGUCACGGCGCCGCGGCUGGGAGCGGAAUAAAACGGGAGCUGUAGCCAGGAUCUGGUUCCACCGGCGCACCGCCACAAGAGACGAAACUCCCGACGCGGGACUCCACCUUCGCUCCCCCACACGGGAAGAAGCAGACAAGCGGCGCGUUUCCCCACCGGGAAGCUACUAGUAACCGCGGCCAGCCGAGGCUUCUCCUCCUUCGUCUUCUUUCUCCCCUACUCUUUUUUGUUCUCCUCGCCCACGGUUUCCUGGCCGGACCACGGGGGAUAGGCGGGCAAUGGCGACGGCGAGGCGGGGAGGAGUGGGCUGGAGGGCGGUUCUUGCGGCGGUGCUGCAGCUUCUCGUGGCGGCGGAGGCCGGGAAGUACAACGCGGUGUUCAAUUUUGGGGACUCCCUGGUGGACGCCGGCAACCUGGUGACCGAGGGCAUCCCGGACUACCUCGCCACGGCGCGGCCGCCCUACGGCCAGUCCUACUUCGGGUACCCCACUGGCCGCUGCUCCGACGGCCGCCUCGUCAUCGAUUUCAUCGCGCAAGAGUUCGGGCUGCCGCUGCUGCCCCCGUCCAAGGCCAAGAACGCCAGCUUCGCGCAGGGCGCCAACUUCGCCAUCACCGGCGCCACGGCGCUCGACACGGAGUUCUUCGAGAAGCGGGGGCUCGGGAAGAGCGUCUGGAACUCCGGGUCACUCUUCACCCAAAUCCAGUGGCUACGCGACCUCAAGCCCUCUUUUUGUAACUCCACCCAAGAGUGCAAGGAUUUCUUUGCCAAGUCCCUGUUCGUCGUGGGUGAAUUGGCCGGAAAUGACUACAACGCGCCGCUCUUUGCCGGGAAGGAUCUCAGCGAGGCCUACAACCUGAUACCCCAUGUCGUUCAGGGCAUCUCAGAUGGUGUCGAGCAAUUGAUUGCCGAGGGGGCAAAGGAUUUAAUUGUGCCUGGAGUGAUGCCGUCUGGGUGCUUUCCAGUGUACCUGAGCAUGUAUGUUGAUCCUAAAGAGGGGUACGGUCCGCGUACCGGCUGCCUCAAGCGAUUCAACACAUUUUCAUGGGUGCACAAUGCGAUGCUCAAGCGUGCGCUGGAGAAGCUUCGUGCCAAGCACCCUGGCGUCAGGAUCAUAUAUGGGGAUUACUUUACACCAGUUAUCCAGUUCUUGCUUCAGCCUGAAAAGUUUGGAUUUCACAAGCAGCCGCCUAGAGCAUGCUGCGGCGCUCCCGGGAAGGGCCCUUACAACUUCAAUCUGACAGCCAAGUGCGGCGAGCCUGGUGCUACGCCGUGUCCUGAUCCAAAGACACAUUGGAGCUGGGACGGCAUUCACUUGACUGAAGCCGCAUAUGAGCACAUUGCCAAAGGUUGGUUGCAUGGCGAAUUCGCGGAUCAACCUAUCAUACAAUCUUCCUGAUCAUCUACCUACCUAGUCGCUUGGCCAGUUGUGCCUCUAGAGUAUGAAAAUAGCACACCAUAUUGGAAGAGAUAAGGUAUAGCUCCAUAUAGCAGCAUAUAUGUAUAUCUCCAUCCAUUUUGUUGGGAUUCAUGGCAGUCGAUUAAAGAGAGAUGAGAUAGGAGGCUAUUAAAGCAUCAUUUCUUCAUUCAUCAGGUGGUAUAAGUAACAAAAUGUAUUGCGUAAAGUGGUUGGAUAUGAUGCAUAUUAUUGUGAUAAUGUGGAGCAUCUGACUUACUGAUCAAAA